AUGUCGAUCGCAGUGCCUUUUAGGUGUGAAAACUUUGUCGAAACUUUGCCGAGCUCCAACCUCAGCUCCCGAAGUGUUACGCCAACUUCGGAUUACGAUGAACGUCCAAUAGUACAACGACAUAAUGGAGAUUACGAUGAAAGACGAGCUUAUUCUGAGUACUGUGGAAACGAAGUAUCUCAACGUAUGUACACACCAACACCGCAACGUACGCAAUAUGCUGUCAAUGAUUUAGCAGAUGACAAACGUAAUGACAGAAAUAACUAUAGCUAUGAUGAAAGAACAAGAUUAGAAUAUGAAGAUUCGCCACAACCUCCUUCAACACCUCAAACAAGAAGGAUGGCAACUCAUCAUAACGAAAGGGAAGACACAAAUCAAGUACCCGGUUGGAUAAGACAUCCCGAAAAGGAGAAAUGCAGAAACCAAUUUCACUAUCACAGGCGGCCAGUAACGAGGAAUUCAAAUAUAUUAUCUGCUGUUCUGUGCUUGGUUAAGGAGUUGGAUUAUCCAAGUCUGGAAGUGGUAGAAAUGGCUGUUAGAAAUCGAAUGGAUGAACUAGAAGAAUGAUGUUUCUGACACCGUCCCCAAAAUCCACAGGGGACGGUCGCUCUCUCCCAUAUCGGCAGCAUGUCUUCUGUUCCCAGCCCAGAAUUCUCUGAUUCGCUUGAUUCUACCAUAACUUUAAGCCAAUAUGCUAAUAACGAUGGAAAUUACAAUAAUGACGAACAUCGCAUACUUGACCGUCAGCUACUCGAAGAAAAUAACGAUAAGAGUCAAAUUCGACGAAAUGAAUCUGCCGAAAAAGUUUGCUCAACACACAGCCCGAAAACAGUAUCGAUUGACCCGAGCCCAAGAUUGCUCGGAAAUAAUCAAUCCAUGUGUAAAAUCAAAGAUUCCGUAUUGGAUAAUUCACCAUCGAGAAAUCAUCACGAGAGAAAAAGCAAUGACGUAAGACGUGUAGCGAGCAGUGACAGUAUUCCUCGUGGUAAUUAUAACAAUGUCAUUUUGAGCCAGGGAUGUAGAGUUUUAAGCCAAGAUUGUGUAAGAAGAUCAAAAAGUUCUGAUGUUAAGAAUACAGUUACACCACUUCGUUAUAUUCAAUCGGCAAAAGGAACGUGGACAUAUAAUUUGUAAGUUAUGUCGACAACUUGACAAAAUCUUAAAUCUUACUAAUAACCAAAAUCUUCUGUAAAUGCAAUCAGACAUAAUCUUUUCGAUAAAAACGAAAAAAAAAGCAAUGAAAAAAUUCGGUAAUGGAUACAAGACUUAAAAAUUGAAGAUUGGUCUCAUCAUGUUAUUUCGUAGGAAAAGUCUAAAUACAUGUAAAAUUUACAAAUAAUUGUGAUAUUUCUGCAAUGACUGAAGAAAAUGUAAUUAUCUUCAUGUAUUAUGUGUACAUUUAACAACAUGUUACAAUCGUCAUUUCUGUUAAUAAGAAACGCUAAAAUCAAAACUAAUAAAAUUUGGUUUCAGCAUA